UGGGCGCGGCCCCCACGCAGGACCCCUCGCCGCGGGGCCGUUCCUCCGGGAAAGGAAGCCGUGGUCGCCUGACGGACGUGAGGACAGCAGUGAAGCACCUCGUCCCCCCCGAAGACGCUUGUUUGUAUGGCAUUUGGAGCAGCCACACUUUAGGAAAUGGUCUUCAAACGGAGCCUCUCCCCUCCCCCACAGGGCCCUCCGACCCCUCCCCCUCCUGCCGCCGCCAACCCCUGACCCGGUCGUGUGGAAACCACGGUGGGGGAGGGGCGCAAACGCCCGCCCACGCGGAUUCCGGUGGAUUCUGUUACAGUGUUUCCGCUGAGAGCUGGGCCCCGCGAUGCCCGCGCAGGACGGGCGCUGGGGGCGCAUCUCGGAGCAGCGGGCCAGGCAGCUGCAGCGCCAGGUGCAGGCCAAAGAAGAGCGGAUAGUUGAACUGGAGACAGAAAAUGCUGUUCUUCACCUGCGACUGGCCCAGUACCGAGGAAUGAGUGGGAAGGGGGCCGGCACGGCCGCCCAGCUCUGCUCCCAGUGCCCUGAGCAGGAGCCCCCGCGGAGAAGCGCAGCCCUGGCCGCACCCCAGCUCUGGCGCCACAUUCAGGCCCUGAAGCAGGACACAGAGGCGCUGCGAGCUUCUUCCCUGGAGGUUUUCAGAGCUUGCCGGGAGCACCUGCAGGACGGGCUUUCUGAGGUGGUGGUGGCCGUGCAGAGGGCACCGCUCUGCCACGAGGCUCUGCUAGCCUGGCAGUCGAAGGCGGGCCGCCUCGAGAGGUCCUUGCAGGAGGUGAGCGCGCUGUAUGAGCUGGAGAGGCAGAAGAGGAAGGUGCUGCACAACCGUUUGGUGGAGCUGAAAGGGAAUGUCAGAGUUCAUUGUCGGAUCCGCCCUCUGCUGCCUUCUGAUGAGGAAUUUGAUGGUCAAGCUUCCCGGGACAGCUCGGCGUCUGCAGGAGUGGUCCACGCCGUGGACGACGAAACCGUCCUGGUGAGAUGGGACCGUCCGGCUCACCGUUCGAUCGACAAGACGUAUAGUUUCGAGAGGGUUUAUGGUCCGGCAGAGUCUCAGCAAGAGGUGUUUGCAGAUGUGUGCCCGCUGCUUACGUCUCUCCUGGACGGGUACAACGUCUGCAUCCUGGCUUACGGGCAGACCGGAUGCGGGAAGAGCUACACCAUGCUGGGUCCGCUUUCUAAGGACGAGCGUGGCGACCUCGGAAUCGUGCCCAGGGCUGCUGGGGAGCUCUUCAGGCUUAUUUCAGAAAACCCAUCCAGGAGCCUGAAGGUUGACGUAUCCACAGUGGAAGUGUAUAAUAACGACAUUUUGGACCUUCUGGCCAAAGAGCGGCGUCCAGCGGUGUCUGGGCCCCUGCGGGAGGCGCCGAUGACCAAGGCCACAAAGCGGGAGGUGUCACCGCCCACCCGAGUGCCCGUGCACAGUGCGGAGGACUUCGUCGCGCUUGCUGCUGGAAGCCUGCAGUUCCGGGCACGGCUCGCCACCAGCGUGCAUGCCUGUUCUUCCCGGUCCCACCUGAUAAUAACGGCCACUCUCACUGCAGCCCCCGCCGGCGGCAGCCCCACGGACGGGCAGUCACUCGGACCACAGCUCCAGGGGCAGCCAGCAGGCUGCAGAGCCUCGCCCGAGUCCCCCGGGGCCCAGCGAGCAGGGGAGCAGGUGCAUGCCAAGCUGCAGCUCGUGGAUCUGGCGGGCAGCGAGUGUGUGGGUGUGUCUGGAGUGACAGGAGCGGCCCUCAGAGAGACUUCGUUCAUAAACCGGAGCCUGGCGGCCCUCGCGGACGUCCUGGGGGCCCUGGCGGAGCACAGAGACCACAUCCCCUACCGCAACAGCCAGCUCACCCACUUUCUCCAGGACGUUCUCGGAGGGGACGCGAAGCUGCUGGUGAUUCUGUGCGUGUCGCCCUGCCGGAAGCACGUGGCAGAAACUCUGCGGUGCCUGGGGUUUGGGGCCCAGGUGAGGCACGUGCAGCGAGGCCCCGCCGGAGGGGGCGGAGCCGCCGCCCGGAAACCCAGGAACAGGUCACCACGCUGACCUGUCAUCAAGGAGCGGGGGACGCCCAGGGAGAAGCGCAGGUCCCAGGAGCCCUGCAGGCCGGGGACGUGGGGGCGGUGCUCUCGGCUCUCGGGGCCAAGCGGAAGGAGCUUCGGGUCUGCUGGCC